AUGUUCGAGGAAGCGUUUAAAAUGAACGUCUUGAAUUCGUAUGGGUCAAUGGCGAGUCUAAUAGUUCGAAGGAACGAUGAAAAUCUAAUGAUCACAUACUGGGAGGAAGCCAGAUUUCAGGUAAAUCAAGCAUUGAUAAAACUUUCAGAGUUUAUGAAGAGGUCAUUGGAUUCUCUUCAUAAACGAUAUGGUUAUUAUCCAACUUCGGAAACGAUUGGAAUUAUAAUUGAUG